AAUAAAUAUUAAAUUUCUGUGCCUCAAAGUUCCACCAAUCAAUCAUUCAUUCACUCCAAGGAGGGAUCUCUCUCUCUCACUCCUUCUUCUCUCUCCUCUGGCACCCCUAAAGCUUCUUCUGUUCUGUGCAGGCAGUUUUUCUUUGGUUUGGUUGCAUCCUUUGAUCUGAUCAGCAAAUUUGAGAAUUCAGUUUGGGAAGGGCCAUUCCUCUUUAGUGCAAAACAGAUCGCAGGUGCCUUUGUGCUGAUGGCCACUAAUGAAAAUCUUCCACCAAAUGUAAUUAAGCAACUUGCCAAGGAGUUGAAAAAUCUUGAUGAAUCUCCUCCCGAGGGCAUUAAAGUUGUGGUAAAUGAUGAUGAUUUUUCGACAAUAUUUGCUGACAUUGAAGGCCCAGCUGGAACUCCUUAUGAGAAUGGAGUUUUCCGAAUGAAGCUGUUGCUGUCCCAUGAUUUCCCGCAUUCUCCACCUAAAGGUUUUUUCUUGACUAAGAUUUUCCAUCCAAACAUUGCAACCAAUGGAGAGAUUUGUGUCAACACACUUAAAAAGGAUUGGAAUCCUAGCCUUGGGUUACGGCAUGUUCUUAUUGUUGUUAGGUGUCUAUUGAUUGAACCAUUCCCAGAAUCAGCUCUAAAUGAACAGGCUGGCAAAAUGCUGCUUGAGAAUUAUGAGGAGUAUGCUAGACAUGCUAGGCUUUACACUGGAAUCCAUGCAAAACCAAAGCCCAAAUUCAAGAGCGGAGCUAUAUCCGAAUCAACAACUGCUCUGAAUGUUGAUCAGACCAACACCUCUGUGAUUAGUGGUGACAUCAAAACCACACCGGCGAGUGCUGCAUUGCCAGUGCCAGUGCUUGCAACCACCACAACAAGAGGAAAUAAUCAGGAACAGGCAGCGGCUGUUAAUGGUUCUUCUGCUGCUACAGUCAUAUCUGCUGCUUCUGCACCACCAAAGAAGGAAGGUGGACAAGCAAAAGCUCAGGCGGACAAGAAGAAGAUAGAUGCCAGAAAGAAAAGUUUGAAAAGAUUGUAAUAAAAAUCUUCAAUCAUUGAAGUUUUUUAUUUGUGUUUUAGUUUUACAUUUUGAUAGAGAAAGAGGGGAGGGAGUGGGGAUGUGGUCUCCUGGGUUCAACAUUUGCUUUAUAAAACGAGUGAGGUAUUUUCUUUGGGAGUAAAUGGAUGAAAUUGAACUUCUUGUUGUCUUUGAACUUGUGCUAUGCUCUUUGCUAAAAUAUUGAACUUGUCCAUAAUACACCCUUAUUACUGGCCCUUAGAUUAAUCAA